AUGAGGUGGGAAACGAAAGUCAUUGGCGUGCGGCCACAACCUUCGACGAGAAGGGAGACGAGCCUGGGCACCGGACAGACCGAUACCGCAGGUGCUACUAUGCAGGUGCAGCUUGCAUCGGGCGAGACUCUGCGGGCCGACAUCGUGAUAGCAGCAGACGGUGCUCGCUCAACAAUCCGCCGGCAUUACAAUGCGUCCGCGAGCGCCGGCGGUCUUGACUAUGCAGGUGUGGCGAUUGUUAGCGGCGUGUCACAGUUUCCCUCGCCUGAGGAUGUACCGCAACGAAUCAGAGCUUGCUGGGGGCUUGUCAUCUCUGGUACGGGCACAGGCUUGUUCGUGAGCCCAGUUGACAACACGAGCGCUCUAUGGAGCUUGAGCUACUAUACCGAGGAGCGAGUGGAGGAUCGACGAUGGCCGAUGAGCAACGACGUUCUGGAGAAGCUGAUGGCGAAGGCGAAAGAACUCGCGUCGUCGUUUGAUGGCACGGUGAACGAGUUGGUCGACAAGACCAAUCUCGCGACCCUGAUGCAGCUGAGCGCGAUGGAUCGGCCAGCAUUCGCCCACCAUGUCCAGCGAGAUGGAAACGUCGUCUGGCUGGGCGACGCUAAUCACGCGGUAUCCCCCUUCGCGGGAAAUGGCGCCAAUCUGGCAUUGAAUGAUGGGUGGGAUUUCGCAGAAGCGCUGCUGACUACGAGUACCGGGUUUGAGGGGGCAGUGAAGAGUUACGAUAAGGACGCGAUGCCGAGGGCACAGCAGACGCGCAAGAUGAGUCGGUGGGUCAUCGACUUUGCCCAUGCGACGGGCUGGAAGCUUUGGGUUUAUCUCUUCUUGCUGAGAGUCAUGAGCUGGGUGUUCUUGCGGGGGAAUAGGAAAGUGCAGACACAGAAGGAGCGUGCAGACUAA